AUGUCAGUUGAAGUGAAAAAUGUAAAUGCAUGGAAUUGUUUUCAGGCUUUGUUUGGAUUUGGACAGUCAGCUGAUAUUACGAUAAAAUUGGAUGAUGAAGAAACCCGAAAGACAGCCAAAAUAAGAGGGGAAGAUGGCCAACAAGAAACUCACUACCUGUUCUAUGAUGGCGAAACCAUUGCUGGAACGGUAAAUGUUGCCCUGAAAAAAGCAAAUCAGAAACUUGAGCACCAAGGGAUUCGAAUUGAAUUCAUUGGACAAAUUGAGGUAUAUUACGAUCGUGGGAAUCAGCAGGAUUUCAUUUCCCUGACGAAAGACCUUGCUAGACCUGGAGAAUUGACGCAGAAUUCGUCGUUUCACUUCGAAUUUCACAAUGUAGAAAAACCAUACGAGUCGUACAUGGGCAUUAAUGUUAAACUAAGGUACUUCCUUCGUGUUACUAUUGUUAGACGAAUAACUGAUAUAACAAGAGAGAUGGAUCUUAUCGUUCACACUCUGAGCAGUUAUCCUGAUGCCGACGUUAAUCUCAAAAUGGAUGUAUGUUCCCCUUUUAUCCACUGUUGUUUCAUUCCUCCAUCAUUUCCCAAAGAUCUGCCGUUGUUCAUUCAUUAG